AUGGUGCCAGUAUUUGAGGACUACAAGAAAAUAUUGUUUCCUUAUGGAAGUCAAGAUACACUUGCAACAAUAGCAGCACUUGGUUAUGUGUUAUUCUUAUUCGAAACCGGUGUAAAAAUGGAUUUCAACAUGAUUUUAAAAACAGGAAGAAAAGGAUGGGCGAUUAUAGUUUUCGGGUUGAUAGCUCCUAUGGUAAUUGGUUUCUUUGUCCGUCAUUUAGCGGGUAAGAGUGAUCUUGAAAAUAUUACUCUUGAAGGAGAUAUAGUAAUGGUAGGACACAAUACAACAUCAUUUGUAGUGAUUGUUUCUCUUUUGAAUGACCUUAAACUUCUAAACUCCGAACUUGGAAGAUUAGCAUUAUCUGCUGCUUUGGUUGGUGACAUAUUCAGUAACGUUUUUGUAACUUUUUCAUCUAUUAUGAUUAAUACCAAUCACCAUAUUCCAAUUGGUAUAAGGUUUGGAUCUUUAGUUGGCAUUGUUAUCUUCAUUUUGUUUAUCUAUCGUCCUACCAUGUUUUGGAUUGUUGAACAUACAUCUGAAGGGAAAGAAGUUAAGGACAUUUACAUCAACAUUGUUAUUGGGACUCUUUUUGUUUUGUGUUGGAUUUCGGGACAACUAGAAAGAGGUCCUAUUUUUUUACCUUUUAUUUUCGGAUUGGCUACGCCUGCAGGACCUCUCUUGGGAUCUACAUUGAUUAAAAGGGUUCAUUUAUUGGGCAUAAAAUUGUUUUUGCCAAUUUUCAUGACUACUAGUACAAUGAAGAUGGAAUAUGGCUUCUGGAAUUUAACAAAAUCUCCCACGUUUGAUAUUGUUAUGUUUGUUUUCUUUAGUGGUUACUUUGUCAAAAUGGUAACAUGUUAUUUAGUCUCAAUCUUUUACAAAAUGCCUUUAAAAGAUGGUAUCUCUCUUGCCCUACUUUUGAACUGCAAAGGUGUUGUGGAAGUAACCAUGUACUCUACUGCAUUGGACAGAAAUGAUAUUAGCCCGAAAACAUAUGGUGUGGUUAUGAUAUUAAUCAUGAUUUCAAUUUGCAUGACUCACAUGUUGGUAAAAUGUUUGUAUGAUCCUUCAAGGAAAUAUGUUGGCUACCAAAAAAGAAACCUAUUUCAUAUGAAAUCCAACUCAGAACUAAAGAUACUAGUUUGCAUUCAUAAACAACACCAUGUAACUUUUAUCACCAGAUUUAUUGAUCUAUGUUACCCUAUAGUAGAAGAUCCUGUCACCGUAGACGCAUUGCAUUUAAUCGAAUUAGCUGGACGGUACUCGCCAAUUUUCAUUUCUCACAAGAAGAAGAAAGUUGUUGCUUUAAACUUGCAUGACUCUUAUUCUGAUAGUGUUAUUCUUAGUCUCAAACUAUAUGAACAUGACAAACAAGGUGCGGCAAUUGUAAACCCUUACACAGCAAUAUCUCCAGUUAACUUAAUGCAUGAAGAUAUUUGUCACCUAGCAUUGGACAAGGUUUCAUCACUUAUCAUCCUUCCUUUUCAUAGAAAAUGGUCAAGUGAUGGCAAAGUUGAAUACGAUGAUAUAAACAUAAGGACUAUAAAUUGUAAUGUAUUGGACAAAUCUCCAUGCUCAGUUGGAAUCUUAGUGAAUCGUGCCGUUUAUCCAACAGAUUCAUCGCUUCGAUUAGCCUUGGUGUUUUUGGGUGGAAAUGAUGAUAGAGAGGCUUUAUGUUUAGCGAAACGGGCGGCACGAGUCACUAGCAUUGAGCUUGUGAUAUACCACAUUGUAGACAAGAACAAAAGUGGAAAGGAAAAGGAAAAUUUGUCGACAAUGCUUGAUAUAGCAAUGUUAAAAGAUGUGCAGUUAGAACAGUCUAGAAUGGGAAAUGUAACAUUUAGAGGAAUAGAAGUGGAGGGUGGAUCACAAACACUUGAUGUUCUUCGUCAAAUGGUAGAUGAACAUGAUUUUAUUAUAGUUGGUAGAAGACAUGGAAUUGAUUCUCAUCAGACUUCUGGGCUUCAAGAUUGGAGUGAGUUUCCUGAGUUGGGUCCUGUUGGAGAUUAUUUGGCUUCCUCAGAUCUUGAUUGCAAGGCAUCAAUUUUAGUAGUGCAACAACAAAUAUGCCUAUAG